AUUGGGGUUGUUAGUCUUUGAGCUAACCUGUCCUGGAUUACAUUGAUUGAAUUGGUUUGUUUGGAAGGAUCUAUAACCUCUUUUGUGUGUGUGUUUGUGUUUGUGCUGCUGUUUGUAGGGGUGUGAUAGCCAGAGCUAUACAGACUAUUGAGUAUUGAGUAUUGAUUGCAUCAUGCUAUCCUUUCUCACGGCGUGCCGGCCACGGCGGAGAAAGGGCCAGCAACAGCACCAGCAAACCCAACAACAACAACACCAUCAAGAGCCAAACUGGAAAGAAAUUGAAGAAAAAGCCUCCCACCUCCCCACCCACCCCUCCUACCACACCCCCACACCCAACAGCACCCUCUUCGAAACCUUUGAAUGGCACACCCCGUCCUCCGCGUCAUCGCGCCACUACCCGCGCCUCCGCGCCGCGCUCCCCGCGCUACACGCCGCCGGCAUCACGGACAUCUGGCUCCCGCCCGGCUGCAAGGGCAUGGACGCGCACGGCAACGGCUACGACAUCUACGAUCUGUACGACCUGGGGGAGUUCGAGCAGAAGGGGGCGACGAGCACGAAGUGGGGGUCGCGCGGGGAGUUGGAGGAGCUGUUGGGGGUCGCGAGGGAGUUGGGGGUCGGGGUUGUUUGGGAUGCGGUGCUGAAUCAUCGGGCUGGGGCGGAUGGGUGUGAGGCGUUUGAGGCAGUGAGGGUUAGGGAGGGGAGACGGGACAUUGAAACGGGCCCCGCGCUCGAAAUCAACGGCUGGACACGCUUCGACUUCCCCGGGCGCGGCUCGACCUACAGCACGCAGAAAUACAACUGGAACCACUUCAGCGGGGUGGACUGGGACGACAAGAGGCAAGAGAAAGCGAUUUUCAAGAUCCGGGGCGCCCACAAGACCGGCUGGGCCGACGACGUGGGCAAGGAGAACGGCAACUACGACUACCUGAUGUUCGCGGACGUGGACUACGCGAACGCGGAGGUGCGGGCGGAUGUGCUGCGGUGGGGGGCGUGGAUUAGCUCGCUGCUGUCGCUGAAGGGGAUGCGGUUGGAUGCCGCGAAGCAUUUCUCGAUGGGGUUCCAGCGCGAGUUCAUCGAUCAUGUGCGGCGCGAGACGGAUGCGGAGUUCUGGGUCAUGGGGGAGUAUUGGUCGGGCGACGUGAAGGAGUUGGUCGGGUAUCUGGAGGAGAUGGAGUAUAGGGUUUCGGCGGUGGACGUGCCUCUGGUGGUGAAUUUCUCGAGACUGUCGAGGACGCCGGGCGCGGAUCUGAGGAGGGUGUUGGAGGGGACGCUGGUCGAGUGUCGGCCGGAUAAUGCGUUGAGUGAAGAAAGGCUGAUAGAUGAACAGACCUUCGUCGCGAAUCACGACACGCAACCAGGACAAAUGCUCGAGAACGUGGUGUCGCCGCAAUUCAAGCCGCUGGCCUACGCCCUGAUCCUCCUGCGCAAAGGCGGCCAGCCCUGCGUCUUUUACGGGGACCUGUACGGCGUCAACCACGGGGACAAGCCACUGACCCCCGCCUGCGAGGGCAAACUGCCCCUGCUGACGCGCACUCGGCAGUUGUAUGCCUACGGCGAACAGCAGGAUUACUUCGACCAGCCGAAUUGUAUUGGCUUCAUCCGCUACGGCAACGCCCUGCACCCAUCCGGGCUGGCCUGCGUCCUGAGCAACGGCGCGGCGGCCCAGAAGCGCAUGUACGUUGGCGCCAACCACGGCCACGAGAAAUGGACGGACGUGUUACACGACGAGGCCCGACCGGUGGUCAUCGAUGAGUCUGGCUACGGGGUUUUCCCUGUCCCGCGCAUGGGGGUCAGCGUGUGGGUGAAUGCCGCGGCCCCUGGCCGAGACAGUCUCGCCCUGCCGUUUGAUGCUAAUAUAUAUCAACACUAA